CUUCAAGCUCAGUUCCCAAAGUCCCUUUCGAGGAUGCAUUUCUAAAGCCUGCGUCCCAAUCCUCACACGCUAGCCUCGCGUCGCUCUUUAUUGACGGAGGACAGAUUCACGCCCCGGCGUCAUUAGGAGGAGAGGCAGAUUGUAGUUUACAUAUUUGAAACUCUCAAAGCCGCUCGCGCGCAAAGGAGAUCCCGCGCGACAGCACAGAAGCUGAAGAUGUCCGCGUGCGUUUCUUUUUCUCGCGGCGCUCUUGCUCUGCGCGGCACCAGGACGCUGUUGCUGGUACGAUGUGCCCAGACCGCAGCUGCUCCUGCCCCUGAGCCAAAAAUAAAGAGAUUUCAGAUUUACAGAUGGGACCCUGACACACCUGGUGACAAGCCCCGCAUGCAAACCUACGAGAUUGAUUUGAACACAUGCGGUCCGAUGGUUCUUGAUGCUCUCAUCAAAAUUAAAAAUGAAAUGGACCCGACACUCACCUUCAGACGCUCAUGUAGAGAGGGUAUCUGUGGCUCAUGCGCUAUGAAUAUCAACGGAGGCAACACUUUAGCCUGCAUAGACAAAAUAGAUACAAAUACCAGCAAAGUGACGAAGAUUUACCCCCUGCCUCACAUGUAUGUCGUGAAAGAUCUCGUCCCUGAUAUGAGCAACUUUUACGCUCAGUACAAGUCCAUCGAGCCCUAUUUGAAGAAGAGGGACGAGUCAAAGCAGGGAAAAGAGCAGUACCUGCAGUCAGUCGAGGAGCGUCAAAAGCUGGACGGCCUGUACGAGUGCAUCCUCUGCGCAUGCUGCAGCACCAGUUGUCCUAGUUACUGGUGGAAUGGAGACAGGUACCUUGGUCCAGCUGUGCUCAUGCAAGCCUAUAGGUGGAUGAUUGACUCUCGUGAUGACUUUACAGAAGAGCGUCUGUCCAAAUUACAGGACCCUUUCUCCCUCUACCGCUGUCACACGAUAAUGAAUUGUACUAAGGCAUGUCCUAAGGGACUCAAUCCUGGAAAAGCCAUAGCCGAAAUCAAGAAAAUGAUGGCCACUUACAAAGAAAAGAGAUCGUAUGCAGUCUGACUUUUGAAUGCUGGAAAUAUCAUGUAUUGUUUAAAUUAUUGUGUAAAUGUGUGAAUUCAGCAUGGAGUGCUCGCUAAAGUGCGAUAUUUAGUUACUUGAUAGCGGAGUCCUAAUGAACAGUAACUAUAACUGUCAUGCAUUUUACUUCUAUUUUAACUUAAUUGUAGUUCUGCUGUACAUGAAUAUCCAAAUGCAGCGACCUGUAAAAAAACUGCAUGAUAUUUAACAUAUAAUAGCGUAACGUUUUUGUUGUGUCCUAGUUUGUCUUUUGUGUGGUAGAUUCAUACUGUAUACAUUGUCUUAUACUUCUCAAAAUAUACACAGAUAUCAGCACGUUUAAAAGCACAGUCAUCUCUUCGCAAUAAACUGUACUCUUUAUAGGUUA